GAUAUAAAGCUAGUCAACUCAAGGAAACAGAUUGUUCCAACAGGAGCUCUCGGAUUAUGGACAAAGUGGCCUUCUACAGUGUCUUUAUAGCCUCUAUUUAUCAUACAGACGCAACUAUAAAAUGUGGGACGUGUCUCCAACCGCCAAAUUACGUCAGCAGUUACGUCAAACUUAAAGCACAAUCUGUCCACUCAGAGGCCAUCAUACAACUCAACAUCACACAAGUUCCCAUCAAGGUUGAUAUCCAAGUUAGGCCAAUCAGCGGUAGUGACACAAACUUCGUAUUCCCCGGACUUGGAUCCUCUCAACGUGAUGAUGACAAAUCAGGAGUGUAUGGAGGCGUUGUUUACAAGUAUAAUGAAACGUCAGUCAAACUGUAUGUUCCCAAUAGGCACGAUAAUUCUGGUGAUGGUACGGUAAUAUUUACAGGCUAUAACAAUACUUGGUUUGGGCCUAAGGUACAGAAGGAGGAGGAAGCUGAGACACGAGUCAGGGUGUGGACCUCCUGUAAUUUCCCCACUCCGGAUUACGAGUCAAACUGGAUCCACAUGAAAGUAAAAAAUGGCAAGUAUAUAUAUUGGCGUUAUCUACUGUCAACUUGGAUGCUGAAAAAACAUUUUGCUGAUUACAAAUGA